UGGUUUUAGUGUGUCUUAGAGUGUCAUCGGAGGCUAGUGAAAAUUGCAGUUUAGUAUGAGUUGUGGUUACAAUGCUUCAUGCCUGUCCCCCACUACAGGCACUGCUCCCGACACUUUUGCAGCGGCGAUCCAAUUCUUUGCAGCAUCUCAAUGUCUUUUGAACGAUCAAACUACACCUGAUGAUGACGUUGAGGAUGGAGCAACAUACGACUUCGUGAUAGUUGGAGGAGGCUCAGCAGGCUGUGUUCUAGCGAAUAGGCUGAGUGAAGUGAAAAAAUGGAAAAUUCUCCUGAUCGAAGCUGGACCAAGUCCACCCAUAGAAGCAAGCAUCCCUGGAUUAGACAAAGGCAUAUUUUUCACUAAAUACGACUGGCAAUAUUACACACAAAACGAUGGCGUGACCAACGGAGCCAAUGUUAACAACACUGUAUACUGGCCGCGAGGAAAAAUGUUAGGUGGCUGCAGCAAUAUAAAUGCUAUGCUUUAUGUCAGGGGAAGCAAUUCUGAUUACCAAAGAUGGUACGAUGCUGGCAACAAGGACUGGAGUCCAAGCGUUGUAAGAAAUUGCUUCAAAAAAGCUGAAAGUCUACAAGACCAGAAAUUAGCCAGGGAUAGAGGCAUCAAAAGCUUCUAUGGUAGUACAGGACCUCUGGUAAUUAAUACUUUUAAUAGCACUCUCAGACCUUUGACAUUGAAAGUGCUCACGGCUUGGAAUGAACUUGGGAUCAGGACUGAAAAAGAUCUAAACUACGCUAAUGUUAAGGGAUCUGGUAUAUUCAGAGCCACAGCAUACAAUGGACGUCGUGGAAGCACUGAUCAUGUUUAUUUGAAUCCAGCAAGAAGCAGAGACAAUUUGCAUGUUAUCACAAAUGCAUUAGUUACAAAAGUACUCGUAAAGGAGGAUGAAAAGGAAGCUUAUGGAGUUGAAGUUGAUUACGAUGGCAACACGAUUCAAAUAUUAGCAUCUAAGGAAGUUAUUCUGUCUGCUGGUACUAUAAACACCCCACAACUACUUAUGCUUUCUGGUAUAGGAUCUAAAGAACAUUUAGAAUCAAAGGAUAUUCAAUGUAUUGCAGACUUGCCUGCUGUUGGAAAAUACCUCCAAGAUCACUUAAUAAUUCCAGUCACUAUAUUAGGCGAUGAACCAGAAGAACCCUCGCAAGCUGAUCAAAAUUUUGGGACAAUACAAUAUUUAUAUAAUCGUACCGGUCCCCUAGCACAAAACAGCUUUCUUGAUGUAACAGCAUUUUAUGCGAGGAGCAGAACCGCUAAAUACCCAGAAUUUCAGAACCAUCUCCAAGUAUUUGGGAAGAAUUCCCCUCGUCUUGAGAGAUACUUGAAAACGAUUCCGAGAUACAAGGUUACUGUACGAGAAUCAUUGAUUAAUCAAAAUAAGAACCACUCUGUGUACUUAUUUCUAUUCAAUUUACUGCAUCCAUAUUCUACUGGGCAUAUUUCAUUGAAUUCAUCGGACCCUAACGAAUACCCAUUGAUAUACGCAAACUAUUUAAAUGAUACCAGAGAUAUGAAAGCAGUUGUAGAUGGUAUUCAGAUGUUGACUAAAAUUGUUAAUACCAGAUAUUUUAAGUCAAUAAAGGCGCGUUUGGCUAGAAUUAGUUGGCCGGAAUGUGACGGUUACAAAUUGGACAGUAGUGAUUAUUGGAAAUGUAUCGCAAAGAAUAUGGUGAUUUCUGUUUAUCACCCAGUGGGGACAGCAAGAAUGGGUAAAGAUAGCAAAACAUCUGUUGUGAGCAGUAAGCUUAAAGUGCACUCUGUUAAUAAACUCCGUGUGGUUGACGCUAGCGUGAUGAUGUCUCAUGUAAGUGGGAAUACUAACGGUCCUGUCAUAAUGAUUGGCGAAAGAGGGGCGAACUUAAUAAAAAGGGACCAUGAUGUGCCACAACCGAAUGAUAAAUGCUUCUGACAUUGACAAUGCAACCUACGAGGUAUAUUUUUUUUGGCAGCUGAAAUUAAUGUUCAUUAAUAGACCAAUGAUGAUGGUCUAGUCAGUCAAUAAGAGUUUAUCUAUCAUUAAAUGAGAUUUGGUUUAUAAAAAAAGCAACAAGAGCUGUUAGGUACUUUGUUCAUCACUGAUUUUAUAUUUAUUCAGUCUA